AUGGAUUACACAUCGGAAGAGUUUCAAAGAAAUAAAAAGUGCCACAAGAUGACGUUCGUAAACGUACUUGGAGAACUGCUUCAAUCAUGGAAGACUCGAUAUUCGAAAAAGAACAUACACGAAACCAUCAACAUCAAGCAUGAAUACAUAGAGUUCUUGCAGCAUACAGAUUUCCGAAGAGACCUGAAAAUAUAUUAUCCUGAUUUGGUUGCAUCUAUCGGUCAUAAAUAUGGCGAGAUAGAGCUCAAAGGUCCAGCUUGCCAAGUUGUAGACGCCACUGUCAUAAUAAAGGAGCAACUACACAGAAUUUGUGAGAAGCAGUUAACGUUAUCUCAGUCGACCUUAAUUUGGAAUAUUGUUGCAAAGAAUCGAUGGAAUGAAUACUUCGCCAGACAACUUGGUAAAGAAAACAUAAAAUCUAAAGUAAGUUAUACCAUAGUUAUGAUAUAGCUAGAUAUGCACUGAACCUACCUACCCCGUUACAACAUAUCAUGUGAUAUGUCAUGAACAGAGGAUUGCCAAAAAAAGGAGCUCCCCCCCUUUACUGAAACUAAAAUUGACAAUAAUUAUCAUAAUUCUUAUAUUUUAUUAGAUAAUCACAGGAAAAACACUCUGACUUGAUCUAACAUCCUUAAUACUGUCCAAUAAGCACACAAAAAGUUAAUAGGCAGUGUAGGAUAUCCACGGCUGUUGACAACUUUUCGACAGCACCUUGGCAUACACUCUACAAGAUUAUGAUGGUAUCAGUCGUUGCUGAGAUUCUUCUCCCAUGUCUGCUUCAAACACUCAAACAAUUGUUCCUCGCUUCGGCAUGUACGUUUAUUCAGUUGCCUGCCAAGCCACUAGUGGCCUACAAAUUUUCGAUUUAAUUCAAGUCUAUAGGCUUUGUGGUGGCACAUCAAUUUGUUUAUUUCUGAGAUAAUUUAGCACGAUAUGAGCUGUGUGUUUUGGAUCAUUGUCAUGUUGAAAAAUCAAGUUAUUUCCCUGAGUCGUCGGCCUGAAGGUCUUUUGACGAAUUAAUAUUUGUCGAUAUCUUCCUUUGGGUAAUAUUCCUUUUAUUUGAAGAAAUGUUUCAACUCCCUUCCACGAGAAACAUCCUCGUACCAUAAUUUUUUCUGGUGCUUUAAAGUUCCUUGUAAACAUCGAGGUGUAUACUGUUGCUUUCGAAGACGCCAGACGUAAGAUCGAUUUUGGCAACGGAGGACAUAUGGUGAUUCCUCAGACAAGACGACCUUCUUCCAUUGAUCAACAACUUCCAUUGAAGUGAGGAACACUUGUUUGAGUAUUAACAAUUCUCAUGUUAGUCGUUACGUUCAGGGGGUGUUUAAACUGUAGCUUGUGGUUAUAACCAAUUGCAAACCAUGAAGCAUCAUUCAACUCUUUCAACAAACGGAACGUUACUUUACUGAACGCACGAUUACCUUCAUAAUCUUGUAGAGAGUAUGCCAAGGUGCUGUCGAAAAGUUACCAACAUCAGCGGAUAUCUUAUUGCCUAUAAUUAACGUUUUGUGUGCUUAGGACAGUAUUAAGGAUCGAUCAAGUCAGAGUGUUUUUCCUGUCAUUAUCUAAUAAAAAAUAAAAAUUAUGAUUUUUAUUUUUCUAUUUUAGUUAAGGUAUAAGGGGGGGGGGGGCUCCUUUUUUAUGGCAACCCCUGUAUCAUGACUUCCAUCAUCCAAGGGUGGGGGGGGGGGGAUAUGUAAUGCUAUAUGAAAACAAACACAAACUAACUUCAGAAACGCCAUUAUCUGGUGAAUUCCUCUGAGUGCUAUCCAUAUAUGAACAAUUUCGAGUAUGUAACAAGCAUAACCCUCAUCUAACAAAACAUCGCAGCAAUGGUCAAAAGGAACUCUUGAACUUGUAGUAUAAGCUAUUUCAGACUUUUAAACAUUUGUCUCCCUUUUAAAACAUUUUAGUUUGUUUGAUAUGUAAUAGGCAUGUAAUAUCGACAUCGACAUAAUCACGCGUUUGAUUUCAGUCAAAAUUGCACUCCAUUCAGUUCAAUUACCAUUAUAAAUAGUUCAACACAUGAAAGCUAACGAUAUAGCCUACGCAUGGUAGGAAGAACAGUUUUGUAACAUCUGUCAAUCAUGAUGUGAAAGUUAUUAAAAAAUCUUGAGACCCUUCAUACAUGGAAGGUAGCAAAUGGAGAAGUUUAUAUGAUGGAUCGUUGAUGAUGUUAUUAUUAGCAUGACAAAAUUACUGGAUGCUGAUUGGUUGAGAGGAGUACAAUUAUUUCAUUAAUUGUACUGCAGUACAAUUAACGAUUUUCCCACAACAAACAAAAUGGCGGAAAGGUAUUUUAAACACAAGCGUGAAAGGAAGUUGCCCUAGAGGAACUAGAUGAAAAUACGAACAAAAGGACCAAAAUUUGCUUUAACAAAAGAACUAAAUGAAAAUACGAACAAAAGCACCAAAUUUUGGUUGAAUAUCUGGCAGGACUGGCCUUUGGCGAGAGAAUAUAUGAUGUUAACAUUGAGAAGUAUCCAAUUUUGUCAUGCUAAUAAUAAACAAGUAAUCAUGCGAUGUUGCUCGUACAAUUAUUGAUUAAUAGUACUCGUGAUGUUUGGAAAUUUGCCAAAUUGGACUCGUCCCGGCGGCUCGUCCAAUUUUGGCAAAAUUUCCAAACAUCACUCGUACUAUUAAUCCCUAAUUGUACUCGCCAUCGCAUGAUUACCUAUACUUAUUGAACACUUUAUAACACAUGUCUUCCCGUCUUUGGGAAAGUGUGGAAAAGUUAAAGUGGUCAAAAUUCUUUCAGAAGACUGUCCUGCUAAGAUAACUGACAGCACUCGUCUUUGCACGCGUUCGAGAUCUUCGGACAGAAGCGCCGAAAGUGAAUGAUAGAACACUUGAGCACAGUACUACAAGACCGACCUAAUGGAAAUACAAUAGAAAUUUAUAAUUUUAAAAACGAAGAUAGAUUCUGGAAAGGUUAAAAUAGCUUAUUUACAGAUUUAAGAGUCCUUUUUCCGAUAAGAUCAAAUUAAAAUCUAUUGACGAUGCUGUGUAAUUUAUAACUGUUGAUACAUAUGAGUUUCCUUUGUGCUUUGCUACGGUUGAAUAGACAAAUGGGUGUCUGCAAAACCCCGAAGUCUACCAGAAUUGAAAUUCCAACAACCCUUACAGGAACACUAAUAACACCCAAAAUCCUUACUGGAACACAGGAAAACUCAGGACCCAACUCGAAUAACCCAUAAUAUUGCCUGGAACCCCCGAAGCGCAUAAAACAUUCAAAGACGCAUUUGCACGCUUAACAAAUUUUACUCCAAACAUGAAUGGUUGAUAUCAUGAGAUUUUUUUAACAAUGUGUGCAGGCCUAAAAGUAGUAAUUUCUAUUAGAACUUCCUUUUAGUACAGACUUGGAUUCUUAGUUUUAUCAUCACACUUUGUUAAACGUAUAAAGCUUGUUUUUUUUUUUUCUAUGUUUAAUUAAAACACAUGGCGGGGUUGUUUCUAAAACGAAAUUCGGCUUGCUGCCGUAUGUACGGCUUCUGUGAGGUUGUAUAACUCUUCUUUCGUUCGUAUUUAUAUAUCUCUAAAAGUUUCUAAAUCUGCAGUGAAAAGGAUGGAAGUUACUGUGAACUACUACAACUAAACCAAGCAGCAUCGUUCACAAUAUAACUAAUCUGAUCGAAUUCAUCCAUUCAUGUCUGCAUUGGCGUCAAGUCUGUUGAAAUGUUAGUAUUCUUCCUGUUCCGGAUAGGAUUUGCGCGUCUCAAUAAUUCCGGGUUGCCUGCCGGAUUUUACAGGCACCAUAAAAAGUACUAAAAUUUCUCACUUAUGAUUUAACUAUUGCACACGACUAUUAAUGGUGUAAUUACACACACAAUACUACGUGACAAAGCACACAAUGCCAUUGUAAUUUUUAUUGAACUUUUAAGGUGUGUGUUGGUCCAUCAAAUGCAUUAGUGAUUCUAGCGUUUAGUCAAGAAGAAUGUGAAAGAGCGUUUGAAAUCAUGUUUGAAAUAGUAAGGGAAGAUACAUUGUCCAUCAGAAAAGACUGCUCUGUUCAGAGUAAUCAGUUUCAAUCGCUAAUCUCCAAGUUGCAACGUGGCACCUUGGUACAAAUAGAGGUAUUGCCAAAUGCUGAAGAAAAUGUACUUAGAAUAAUUGGCGUAGACGAAGAUAUCGCACGAGCUAUCCAAGAAAUUUCUGAUUUCAUUAAAGAAGACCGAAUACACAGUGAUACACACCGACCACAGGUUUCCGAAUACGUUUGGAACUUUCUUGCUAGACGGGUCGACCAUGAAAGUGUUAAGCAGAUAGCGAAAGAUUUAGAGCAUUAUAGAGUUUCGAUACAUAUCAUGGAUGAUCAUGAGCAAUUUCUCGUGUGUGGCCUCAGCAAAGGCAUUGAACAGUGUAAACAACGUUUGAAUGAGCUCGCGUCAAUGAUAGUAGAACGACAGAAAAAGUUGGAAUAUCCUGGAAUUAAAAAUCUGUUUCUUGAUCAAGCCGGAAAGGAGCAGUUGCAAAUGAUUGAAAAGGAAAUGGAUGUCGAAAUUGAGAUACUACGAAGCGACAACAAAUUGUCAAAAGCGCCUGUACCUUUGCCUAGGACACUCUCCCUUCCUAGUAAGAAACCAGAAAGCGUUAUGUACGACGUGUGCAGUUUCACGACUAAAGAGGGAUUAAACGUCUCUUGGAAAUAUAGUAGUAUAGAAAAUGAAGCGGUAAGUAAGUUGGAAACGCUUAACCUGUAACACAGAACUAACUUGAAAUGCUGGCUACAAAUUCUCUUUAGGCAUUAGGUAAUUAUUUUAAUAUCUCUAAAUUACUCCGUUCCGCAGCAACGUUGGAGUUUCCUUUAUAUCAUUCUUCAAAAAGAUUCAACAAACCGAGAUAACGAAAACAUUUAAUGGUUUUCGUCCAAUUUGCGACACUAUUUGUUGUCAAUUCUGCGAAAAUAUUUUAUCGCUAUUCCUCGGUUUUACAUGUUUCAAUUAAUAUUCUAAACAUCUGUUAUUUCAACUAAAUUUUUUACUGUUUUGUCAUUCGUUAAUUUAAUUUAUAAAAUAUCAUGUAUAUAACGCGUGCUCUGAUUGGUCGAAACCCGUGUGUGGAUUAGGUCAUCCAAACACAGAAAUUUAAAGUGAAAGUUUUUUUAAAGUGAAAUUUUAACACGGAAAGAUGUUAUUUUAUAAAACAAUUACUUUAUGGUUUCCGUGUUUGGAUGCCUGAUCCAAACACUUGGGAAUGUUGCUCGAGUUAAGAAAAACGCGCAAAAUCACUUGCCUUCGGCUCGUGUUUCGCGCGCUUUUCUUAACUCUCGCAACAUUCCCGCGUGUUUGGGUUAGGCCAUCCAAACUCGGGAUCCAUAAAGUAAUUGUAUAACACUUCGGGUCUAUCAAAAUACAAUACAUUUUUAACAAGAGGACGCUAACGAUACAUUAUUCCUAAUCUAUCCAUGCUGAAUUUAUCUCAUUUCUCCUUACUUUUUCGGAGAGUGUCAUAAUCCUGUCUACAUGCAGUGACGGCUUGAAAUGCGUAAAGGAUUCCCUCAUUCAUAGUAGCGUAGCGGAGGUGUUGACAUGGGAGGAAGAAAUGGCGUAACUUUGCGCUAAAGGGCCCCCGCGGCUUGAACUGAAAUAGGGCCCCUGGUUCUGCCCAUUUAAAGUGGCGUGGGGGGGGGGGUGGCGCUACGUCAAGAAGAUGCAAAAUUUUGCUGCCAUCAACUUCGCCACUUUGUCAUCCUUGUUGAAUGACGCCCUAACUAAGUAGCUACGUCACUGGGAGGGAGGGGGGGGGCAAACAUAGAUUCCGAACACGAGCGCCACUGGCACGUGAAAUGUUGCAAUUCUAGGGUAUUUUUGCUUCUUAAAGUUUCAACUUUUCACAGGAACAAUUCUGGAUAAUUGGAAUCCCACCCUUUCCCUUAGCUACGCUACUCGUAGUUUCCUCCACUUCAGGAAUAAUGUUAUGUCGCGUCCUGCAAAACAUUUUCAAUUUUUUGUUAAGCAAAAUUAUAUAAUAUCGGCAAACACGGUUACCCUGAGUGUGUCCACACCGGGCAAGAUGAGAAAUUUCGUUGAUCGCGGCAGGAACGGAACCCGCAACCAUCGAUUUACUGAUUUGGCAUUAGAAAAUAGCAAACACAAAGUCGCAGGUUCGAUUUAUGCCGCUGUCAAACAAAUUUGUCAGCGCUUGCCCGGUAUGGACUCACUCAGAGUAACAUCAUCUUGAAAUCGUGAAACAGCCAUGUUCUUAUUUGUUUGAAGGCUGAUGUGUUGGUAAACUCUGCACACACGAACCUUAAUCAUCCUACUGCAUGUGGUCGAGCAUUAAUGGUUCGUGGAGGAUCGUGUUUUCAAGAAGCAUGUAAACCGCACAUAGCUAUACGGCCAGGAGACAUUAUAGCAACGGAAAGUGGUAACCUUUUGUCUAAGUAUGUUAUCCAUGCUGUGUGUCGCAAUUUGAAUCGAUUUAAGGAGCCGUCACCUGCACACGAGGUAUGCUGGAAUGCUGGAACUUAGACUAUUGUUAGCAGGCCUUGUAUUCUAGAAUGUUAAAUGGCUCGCUAAGACUACGCGUGCGCUGUUUUGAAAAUGUUUUUGGGCAGUUUCAAAAAUCCAUCCAAUAUGGUGUCAACACAAACGCUUUGUGUCGUUGCAAGGCGAUAUUUGGCAUGGAAGAUGCAAGAUUAGCACAGGAGUAAUGGUGGGAAAAUUAGGAGGCGGACAAAAAUUUGCUCGUUUAUGGAAAUUGCCUGACAAAUACAAAAUACAUUUUACGUCAUAAACUUUCAAUAAUUGCUGUCGACGUUACGUAUUUCUCCCUUUUUCGCUACAGAGCAGGGGUGCAUGGGACAGAAUAAACAUGUCACGUUAUUAAUCAUUUCCAAGAUUUUUAAGUAGAAUUACCAGAUUUUUAAGUAGAAAAUGUCAAACCAAAUUUAAUUUUUUAGCAUGCAACAUUUCACUUUUCUCUAAGUAAAUGAUGUUCCAUAUAAUAUUGGCGAAUUUUUCUUUUUUCUAGUUUUUACGUGGGUUGGUGCGAAAAAUCCUUGAGAAAUGCCACGAGUUGGGGGCAUCUUCGCUUGCAAUGCCAUUGAUUGGCGCAGGUCAUCAUGGAUUUCCCGUGGAAGUUGUUUUACAAGUAAUCAAAAAUGAAAUAAACCAACUUAGCAGCAGCAAAGGAGCUCAGCUAACUCUCAAAGAUAUUUGCAUUAUUGUAUUUCAAUCUAAACCUGAGAGAAGGAAAACAGUGCCUUUACCUACUAAACCAGAGAUUUCAGUUCCACCCACCUCUGACGAAAAAGAACUGAAUGAUGCAAGCAGUUCUACUGAAAUCGCUUUUGAACCGGUUCGUAUUUGCCUGUGUGGUGGCAACGCAUCACAAUAUCAAGCUGAUGCUAUGAUCAGUUUAUCUUCAACAAAUGUAAGAGCGUCGACAACAGCCUCCCAAUCCACGUGUAUCCAACAAGGCGAUGAUGGAAUCGACUUCUGUGAUUCUACGCCAGAAGAAUCAAUGAAACAACCAUCCGGCACUGUAUUGGUGACAAAAGCUAGUAACGGCGCGAAUGUAAAAUACUACAUGCACUCUGUUCCUGUCCCGUUUGAUAUUUCCGGCUUGGAGCGUGCAACAAAAGCUUGCUUAGACGCUGCGAAGUUUUACGCAUGUAAUAGCGCAAUAAUAUUGGCAACAGAAAUAACUUUGUUCAACAUCGCCGCCAACGAAUGCGCCAAUGCCAUUCUGAGCGCAUCCCAAACCUUUUCGAAUACAAGUUUUGCGAUGGAUAUUCGGGUGGUUACGCUUGAUAUGGAUAUGAUGCAAAUCUUCCAAAAAGCUUUCGAAGAAAAGGUAGAGGAGCAAAGAACGAGUGUGGAAUUCCGCGAGAGUGGUCAGAUAGCUGGUUUUAUGCACGCGGUAGUCAAUGAUCAGCGUUCUGCGAACAAAAUCUUAAACAUCGGAGAGAAUGAUGAAGUUAUUUUUCGAGUUGUUGGUUUCCAUGAUAACGUCACCAUAUCCAUCGAAAAAAUAGAAGCAUAUUUCACACGAUGCAAAGCAAGCAAAUCCGUAAAAGAUGCGAAAACGGUUAACGGAUUUUGGAAGAAUAACUCUGUAAUUAAAAGAUUAUCGAAAGGGUACGAAGUUUUCAUCACUUUAUCAGCUGAAGAAGUCUCUAUCGAAGGAAUGACGGAACAAGUCUUCGAAUGUAAAGAUGCAUUAAUUGAUUUUUUAAACAAGCACGAUGAGAAGGAAAGAGAGUUGAGAAGAUUACGUGAAAUUUCAGAAAGUGUGCAAUGGUCGUAUUCUGAUGCGAAUGGAACCGUCCUGUUUGAUGAAAUCCUUAAUGGAAUGGUUGAGAGUGAGUCCAGAGUUGGAAAUAAAAAAUUUAAAGUCCCAAGUAUGGAAAACACGCAUGAAGUUGUUCUGGAUAAGAUGAUCAUAAAGGAACGUCGCACUGGUCGCACCGCACUACUUGCAAGGAAGCAUAUGGAAAACACUUUGGGUAAUUUUGACUAAUAUACUGUAUUUAAUUGGUGUUGUAGAUUCAGGCAUGACUAAAUUUUCACACUUCGUGAGCCAACUACAGCCCCAAGAUGGAAGGAACACAUCGUUGAUUAAGACGACUAAUGGGCAAUUUCAUUUGAAACACGCCGGUUGCAUUUUUUGUACGUGUCAUGCAUGUUGCUCUGAGGAAGUCAAAAUUAUAAAUAAACUCUUUCUUUUCAUGCACAAAAGGGUUUUGUAGGUGGAAAUUACGAGUGUAAAUUUGGUACAUUUGUUUGAAUCUACAACCAGGAGCAGAUGCGAAAAAUUAAACUAUACACCCUCUGGCAGGAAUCGAACUCCGUCCUUGCGAUUCUAGUGCAAUUCUCUAACAGAGCUACAAAGUGCAGUUGUCGAGCUCUAUAACCGCAAGUUCAUGUAUAUAUACUGUAUAUUAAGGAAUUUCAAAUAUUAAGGGGUGUCCCCCCCCCCAACCCCCGAAUAGGCCCCUACCCUCAGGAUUUACGCCUCCGUAAUCGAUUUUAGAGAUUUUCUUUUAAACCCGAGAAAAAAGAUUUUCUGUUAAACUUAUUUUAUUGACAGAGUAUAGAUCCCUGAAAAAAACUUGCAAAGUAACAAACUCAAAAACAAUAUUUUUUUUCAGUUUUGCCUAUAUAUUGGGAACCACAACCAAAAGAUGAAAAUGUCCACUUAGUCGCUUUGCCCACUUCGUCAAAUGAAUACCAGAAAAUUAUUGAUCUCUUUGGUCCAGCAAACGACUUGAUAAUAGUGGAAAAGAUACAAAGAAUUCAAAAUCCUCGUUUAUGCAAAAUGUAUCUUUGUAAAAAAGAGUCGAUGGGGAUGGAAGCAAACGAGAAGCAGCUGUUUCAUGGCACGAAGUCAGAGAAUAUAUCUUCUAUCAACACAAACAAUUUUAAUCGACGUUUUUCUGGCAUAAAUGGUAAGAAAAAUUAUUUUCAAUUUUUUUCAAAGGUGCGUUGAUAGCUAUCUACAGAAAGGCCAGCAAUACGGAAUCUCUAGAAUGACUAAUUCAGUGAACCGAAACCUUAUACUUAAAGCUUUUUCAAGAGGAAAUUUUCGAUAUAGGUUACUAAUACAGAGUUUAUAAAGGUUCUUAGUUGGUUAUACUUUUAUGAUAAUACAUUAUUUCUCUCAACAACUUGAUGUUAAGUUAUAAUUAAAAACGUAAAAUUAUAAUAUUUAAAACUUGAAAAAGAGCGAAUGAAAGUAAAGAUAUAGGAAACCAACUUAUCAGUACCUGUUGUUAGUAUAUAGUUUAAUUAAUAUAUUACGUCGUAAGUAAACAAAAAUUUUGUUGUUAAUAUUAUAAUAACAGAAUAACUCACUAAAUAUUUAUUUAUUUAUUUAUUUAUUUAUUUAUUUAACUUCGCCAUUAUCAUGCAUGGCAGGGUCACCACAACAGUAUGGUACCAAUUACUGUGGGCCCAUUAAAUAGAUAAUAAAACACAAAUAAAACACAUAAUCAACGAAAACCGAUUUACCUGUUCAAAGUCAUCACACUUAACAUUAGUAUUAAGCACUGGGUGUUUUUGCAAAUAUUCAAAUAUGUCUGCUAUUUUUCCUCGUAAAAACUUGCAAAAUCACCCAUAUUCUGAGUCUGGCUUUAAGAUACUUUCUUUGGGAACCUCUGAAUCUUAUCUGGCCUUCUUAUUCGUGAAAACCUAUGCGGAAUUUCAAAAAUUAACCCAGUCCUUAAUGCUAAUAUUGUAUUCCCCCUUAUCGAGUUAUUCUAAUUAUAAUAUGAUCUUUUAAUUAAGUAGCUACAUAACAUUAAACUAUAUAGCUAUUCACAACAGAUCUGAUAAGUUGGUUUCCUAUCGUUAUAACUUGGUGUUAGAUAUAUACUAUUACUAUAUGCAUGCACUAGCCCAUCGGUUACCGCAAAUCUUAGACAUAUAAUAAUUUUGCCUGAUUUAUUGAGAUCGAUCAUUCAUGCAUCAUGACCGACACCAUUCGGCAAAGAUUGUGAUAUAGAAAUUAUAAUGUUGUUUUGUUGUACUUUAAAUAUAGUACGCAAAAUCAACUCUUGAUAUUUUCUUAGGUACCAGGUUUGGCCAUGGUGUAUAUUUCGCAAGGGAUGCUUCCUAUUCUGUUCGCUAUUCGCUGAAAGAUAGCGAGAAAGAAAAUAGUGUCUUCCACAUGUAUGUAGCCAACGUUCUGGUUGGGAAAAGUGUGAAAGGUGAUAAGAAAAUGCGCGUCCUGCCAAAGCGAAAUGACCCGCGCAACCCGGAGUUAUUUUACGACUCUGCUGUAGAUGAUACGGAAGAUCCAUCUAUUUUCGUGACAUUUGAUGAUCAUCAGUGCUACCCCGAAUAUUUGAUCACAUUUAAGGCAGCAUAA